AUGGCCCCAGCACCCAAAAUCGGUGGCGAAUACGGGGAAGUUCGCGCCUCCAUCGAUGUCGACAACUUGAAUGCCUACCUAGGCAAAUACACCCCUGGCAUCAAGACUCCAGUAAAUGUCAAGCAGUUCAAGUUUGGUCAGUCAAAUCCGACCUACUUCCUAACUGAUGCAAAUGGCACCCGUUUCGUCCUUCGCAAAAAGCCUGCUGGGCAACUCCUCUCUCAAACCGCACACCAAGUCGAGCGAGAAUACACGAUGCUUGCUGCCCUCCAUAAGCACAACCUCAACCCCUCAACCCCUCCUGAGCGAAAGAUCCCCGUACCACAACCUGUCAUUCUCUGUGAAGACAAAUCAGUGGUUGGCACCCCGUUUUACAUUAUGGAGUUUCUAGACGGUCGUAUCUUCACUGAUACGAGAAUGUUGGAGGUCUCUCCUCAAGACCGACGCGAAUGCUGGAUCUCGGCCAUUCGCGCCCUCGCUGCUCUCGGCUCCGUCUCACCAAAUGAGAUUGGUCUAUCAAACUUCGGCCCCUCUACUCCCUACUUCCCUCGUCAAAUCAAGUCUCUUUCACGUGUCUCGAGCGCACAAGCGCAAGCAGUCGAUGUAGAGACAAAUAAGAAAACUGGCGACAUUCCGUUUUUCAACGAGAUGAUUGCAUGGUACAAGAAGAACCUGCCCGACGAGUCGUUGACUGGCCUUCGCAUUGUCCAUGGAGACUACAAGCUCGACAACCUCAUUUUCCACCCCACCGAGAACCGAGUAAUUGGGAUCCUCGACUGGGAGCUGUGCACUCUCGGAAGUCCUCUGGCGGACCUAGGAAAUUUAACGCAACCUUGGGCGAUCGAUAUGAAAGACCUUCCUUCAGAUGGCCUAAUGCCUUUCAGAGGUUUCAAGAACACCACACUUGACGUUCCGAUACCCCUGGAAGACCUCGAGAAAGAGUACUGUCGUCUCUCUGGCUUGCCAUACCCCAUCCCAAGCAUUGUUUUUGUUCGCAGCUGGAUGCUGUUCAGGUUGGCCGUCAUUUCUCAGGGUAUUGCUGCCCGCUACGCCAGGCGUCAAGCCAGCUCCGAGAUAGCCUACCUGCACGUUGCAGGUUUCCCCAUCGUCGGUGCACUAGCGAGAAAAGUUUUGGAGGAGGCUGGCGUUAAGAUCGGUCCUUCAUCCAAACUUUGA